AUGGCGCUCGGCCAAGCGCCUGGGAAGCGGUCGGUGCGGGCGUAUGCGAUUUUGAUUGCGCGGAGUAUUUGGCAGGAGCGGCGCGUGAACGAUGUACCAUGUCUAGACGAUCAUACGUGUGCGUGGUGGGCGCAUUGGACGCUUGAGGAAAAGAGUCUUUUUUAUCAGGGCCUCGCGCGCUACUCUCGUCUUCAGCCAGAUUUGAUUGCAGAGCAUAUCCGGACGCGCUCCGUUGAGGAGAUAUGCACGGCACUCUCUCAAUUUCGGAAAAUGCUGCGCCGUGUAAAACAGAUGGAGACUGCGCGGUACCGUGGCGAUCCGCAUGCAAGGGCGAGGGUGCGCCGUGCAUUUCUCAUUGCCGCGCCUGCUGCGCGCCAAAUGUCGGCAGCGUGGCUGGAAUUUGAAGAAAGGCACGCAAGCAUACUGUGCGAGCACGAAAAUACGGUGGCUAGCAGGGCAGAUGCUUUGCAGAUGGCUCUAGAUCCAGCGCCAUACACAGCAGAAGCGGUCGCCAAUGUUGCGCGAUUUUUGCGCGCAGAGCAAAGCGGGAGCGUGGAGCAAUUGUACUGCGUACUCCGGCGCAUGCUUCAUUUGGAUGACGAGAAGAUCCCAGCUGUACCUGUGCCGACGCCUGCAUACGCAGCAUCGCACUUGGUCCUCCCGCCCAUUCCUUCGAAAAACGCACUUGUUGUGCUUGUGCGCGAUAUAUCUUUGGCUGGGUUUUGGUCGUUGGAGAAUGAGGAGGGAUGUAUGGUGACACAUUCCGCGGAAUUGCUAGAUCCACGUUUACGUGUACGUUGGCCUACGGACGAGCGUAUUUCCCGCGCCGGGCACGACGCGGAAUGCAUUGAUGCAGAGGCUGGAUUGAUGGAAGGGCUGCUGGACACGGCAUUGCCUGCGCAACGUAAAGGCAUGCAAGUCAUGCGCAGUUGUUCUACCGCGUUGGAGCACGAACUACACGCUUUUCUCACGCGCGUCAUGUACGAGCUAGUGAGUGUGGGCGAGCGGUCUUUGUACACAAAUAACGUGGAUGAGCAGCAUGUAUGGGCGACCAUUGCACGACUAGGUUUUCCCAUCUCCAUUCAUCCAGAUGUAGUGGAGCCGAUUGCAGAAGCGCGCGCUGUCGCCGAUCCUCCUGCUGCAUGGACAGCAGAAGUGCCACUGCACGCACAGGACCCUGAUAUUGUGGUACCGGAAGCGUAUGUGACAAACUCGCCGCCGUUCUCGCCGAACACGCCGCCAGAGCUGCCAGAGCUGCCAGAGCUGCCCAUCGAAAAUGAUACGCCAUUAAGCCCGUUUUCGCUUAGCGAGUACAGCUCCUCCUCCGAAGCGCCAUCUGACACAGCAUAUGACUUUCCCUGGCGUAUUGGCGAGCUACAUACCUUGGUUCCAUUCGAGCAUACCGAGAUGCGCGGUGAUCCACGGACAAAAGUGGCACACGACACUCCGAUGCCCGAGGUACCGGCUGAACAAGCAUCGCUCGCAAACACACACGCUGUAUCACAGGAUCAGGUGGCACUUGUAGUGCCGCCUGAUCACCAUGUGGACGUAUUUGAUACGGAGCAAGAUACCAAGUAUGAGCAACGGCUUGUACAUGCAUGGUUUGGCGACACAGCUAUGAAUGACGACCGCGCAUCAUCAAGAUAG